UCAUAAUAAAACGUCACUUCCUCUGACCGCAGCUAAAGGUGGUCAGUUCCGGGGCCCGGCCUCCAUGUUGCGUCUGAUUGCGUCCUCUCUGUGCCUGCGGUGUCAGCGCCCUCCCGCUCUGCCGGUGAACCUACGACCAUGUGUGACGCUGAGCUCAGCGGAGAACCAGCAGACGGUGGCGGCGCUCUACGACCUCUCCGUGGACAUCCAGAAGGUUCGUAAACUGAAGGGCUGGGUGCUGCACCAGAGCCCCGCCUACACUAAGGAGGUGGCCGACCUGCUGAGGGACAUGGGGGCGUCCGGCUCCGUCAUCGCUCGGAUCCUGGCCGUCCACCCUGAGUCCGUCCUCUGUCCCCCGGAGCAGGUGAAGGCCCAGAGGGCGCUGUGGAUGUCCGUGUGCCCCAACCAGAAGGAGCUGGUCAGCAUCAUCGAGAAAUUCCCCGCCUCCUUCUUCACCUCCUCCAGUCACCAUGACAACCAGCGGGACAACAUCGCCUACUUCCAGAGCUUGAACCUCAACAAACGGAUCGUCACCAAGCUGAUGGCGAGCGCCCCGCAGAGCUUCAGCCGGCCGGUGGCGGAGAACCAGCUGAUGGUGCAGACGCUGCAGCAGGCAUACAGGGAGCUGGGCGGCGAGGACGCCAACAUGAAGAUCUGGCUCCAGAAGCUGCUGAGUCAGAACCCGUUUGUUCUGCUGAAGCCCCCCGAGGCGCUGAGACAGAACCUGCUGUUCCUCAGGGACCGCGGCUUCACCACAGCCGAGCUGCUCCGCCUCCUCUCCAAACUCAGAGGCUUCGUCACCGAGCUCAACCCGGACAGCAUGCGCCGAACGCUGGCCUUCUCCCGGGACGCCACGGGCUGUUCAGAGGAGGAGCUGAGGGGAAUCGUACUCAGCUGUCCCGCUCUGCUCUACUACCCUGAGGAGAUCCUGUCGGAGCGCUUCAAAGGCCUCCUGGACGCCGGCGUCAGCAUGUCCCAGAUCAGAGAGACGCCCACCGUGCUGGAGCUCACCACGCAGAUAGUCAGCUACCGGAUUCAGCGCCUGAAGGCGCACGGCUAUGACGUAAGGACAGGAAGUCUGCAGGCUUUAAACGGGACCAAGAAGGACUUUGAGAUGAGCUGUGGGAAACUUCAGAUCCGCAGAGAGAGGCCGCUGUUCAACCCGGUCGCUCCGUUAAGAGGAGACGACUGACGGCGAGAACGAGUGGCGUCAGACUGUCACGAAUGUGUUCAUGUGGUUAUUUAUACUUAAAUGAUCUCACUGUCACAUUAAAGUCAGUACAACCUGG